GAGGGGUCGAAUUUGCCUACUCCGGCUGUGCUCUAACCGCUUCGGACAGUCGCCUCCGGCCCAAAGCCCCGAACCCCCGCGAUGCCAUCCCUCUCCUCCCCCUUCGCCGCCGGCGACUGCUCCGCCGAUAAGUUCGACCCCGACUACCUCUACUUUCUCCGCCACCUUCGCACCGAGGGCAGCUCCUAUGUCCUCGAGCUCCCGCCCGGCGGUGCCUCCCCUGUCCCCGUCAUCAGGUACGAGUCCCCCAUCUCCAUCUCCGACGGCGAAUGUGUCUCGGACCCUUCCCCGGGCGGCGCAAGCACCAACCGCCGAGCGGAAGAGAGGGACUCGUCCGUGGAGGCGCCCCCCUCGUGGAUCGACUCCAUCGUCGACAUGGACGAGGAUUACCGCCUUUUCCUGCACCACACGCGCGUGGUGAAUAACCGCCUGAAGCUCCAGAUGGGGGGCGUCGUUGUGGACUAUGAGCCGGACCCGGACGCCGCGCAAUCUGGAGGUAGCAGCGGGGUCGAGGAGCAAUCGGAGAAAGAGGCGCCCGUUGCUUCCUCGGGGGGAGAGGAGCAGGCGGUCGACUCAGAUGAGCCGGUUGUAAUUAUGCCGGAGCCGAACGCCUACGACUGGCGUGCGGAUCCAGCCCCUCGUAAAAGGAUGCAGGGCCAGGAAGAUAUUGGGCACAAGGAUGCUCAGCCUCGCACUGCUUCGUCACAUAGAUCAGGUGUUAUAUGGCCUCCACAUAUCAACCAUAGGCCAGAUUCAGACUUCAAGCGAAGAUUGAUGGAUGCUCUUCAGAAACCAUUUAGCCGGAAAGAAUAUAUUAAGCUGUUUGACAUGGCUUCUAUUCGUACUCCUUUAGUGAAGUUGCGACAGGUGCGCAAUGAUGCAAAAUUCUACCCUACCGAGGAGAUGGGCAAUUCAUAUUUUGAUCAUUACCCAGAUCUUGUCGAACAAGUUACAAACAAUACCUUUUCCAAGGGUUUAGCUUUGAUGCGUGGAUUUUUCUUCUGGUUGCAGAAUAGUGCACACGAGGACCAAUUCAGACCAUGGACAGAUGAUCUGAAAGAUCAAGAUGUUAUUCCGUUGAUGGACUUAGAUUACGCAUUUCCUUAGUUCAUUCACUCAUCUUCUCUUUUGUGGAAAUAAUUCCCUAAGGGUGAAACCAUUCUCAGUACAGAAUAUUUGAUUUUUAUCAUUUUAUAUAUUGAGUGUGCGAAUAAGUACUGGAGCAGUCAACUUGUGUUGCUCUUUCUCUUGGGAGAAUAAAUGUAUAUAUUGCAUAACUGUUGAAAGGAGAAAUCAUUCCCUGUGAAA